UUUCCUUCGUCUGCUCAAAUCACGUGAUGUAUUUCAAUUGAACAUGCAAAUAGCGCGCUCGCGCGAAUCGGUUUUAGGUUUCGAGUAAGAUGGGAAGCAAGAAAUUAACCAUUCUCUGCUAGAUUCUGUCCUAGACAAGUCGUUUUGAGAUAUUUACUUAGCUUUUGCUUCGUUCGCCUAGCUUGCUUUGAACCACUGUUAUUUCACUUGUGUAAUAAUGGUCUUUUACGGCAACAAGUUCACCGGGAACUGUGUGAUGAAUACCCUGGAGGGUACUCGUUGUAGGAGGAAGGCACCCCGGCCUGUUGAUGAACCGGAUGAGUGCUGGCAACACCGACAACAGCCAGCCGAGGUCCAGUGCUCUGCACAUAUUGGGCUUCAUGGGAAUGGCAGACGUUGCAGCCGGCGUGGACGUCACUCGCUAGACGAAAACGCUGUUGAACUCUACUGCACGCAACACGUCAACAAGUUGCAUCGCGAGAACGGUCGUGCGGAGGUCGUUCCUGCUCAUCGCCAACAGCAGGAUGAACAGCGUAGGAGGGCGGAGGAGCGUGAGCAACUCCACCCGAGACGAAGGUCACCGCGUCUGGUAGAGCGAGAGAUCGCAGCUGCCGCCGCUGUUCAACUCGCCGCGGAGAGAGAGCAACGUCGUGCCGCCAAUCGGGCAAACCAGAACCUGCGGAGGUCGGCCCGGAUUGCCGCGAGGCGAGGCAAUGUGUGAUUAUAGCCUGGACUGAUUCGCAGAAGCAGCAGGGGGGAGACCGAGGGGGGAUACUGGGUCGAACACUGCUGAGGUUCUCGGGACGUAAACGCCUUGCUAUAGGAGUAGUAGGGAGGAAGCCGAGACGGGUAGUGCAUGGUCACUCAAAACCAGACCCGCUGUACUAUCGUAGUCAAGAAAGACUGGGUGUGGUCAGUCGAGGUAGACGCCGGAGGCCAUUCCCUUUCUUUGACCGCCUGUAAAUUAUUCCAAGAAGAUCAGGCCUCACCGUGGGACGCGCACACACGUCGUAAGUAUGCAGGUAUUUCAAUGUCUACCUUGUGAUAAUAUAUUCCUACUCACCAGAUCAGUUUACCCAAUACCUCCUAAUAUAAGUCAUGUAUACUUCUGAGGUUUGACAUGUAGGUUAUUACAUUGAGAAUUUGUGAAUAUUUGGCUGAAAAUCUUUUUUAAUAUACGUUAUAUUGUUAUAAGGGUUCAGAAGUUGUCUUUUUUUGUAAGUUUAGUUAUUGGUUUUGCAAUCAUCCAUCUCAUAAAAGUAGUUGUACUGAUAUUUCAAUGUGUAUUAUUUAUUGUUAUAAAAUUUAGUGUUGAGUUUAUAAAGGUUAAGCUUAAAUUAUUAAUAUGACCUACUCGGUGAUUAAUGAGCAAUGUGUAAUUUAAAAUGUGUUCAAUUGACCUAUGCUUUAUGUACUGUAUAUAGUUGUUAGCCAUGUGAAGUAAAAAUUCCACGUAAUGUGGACAAUAAAACAAAUCAACAAAUCAAAUCAAUGUAUCUUGUUGUAAGAGCUAGACUUGGCAGGAGCUGUCCAAUUACCCAGUUUGUAAUUAGCACCAAAUAACCACUAAAUAUAUAUCUGAACAUGGAGAGGCCUAAUAGGGAUUGUAGAACUUGAGGAGUCACAUGAAUGCCAUUUAUCUCCAGUUAGAGAUGCAAAACUUUACCCGUGUAUCAUGAAAUACCAUACUGGUGCAUAAAAUAAAAUGAAUGUUUGAACAUGUAUCCAAUAUUUUUCUCAAUUUGCACAUUUUUUAAAACCAAAUUUUCAAACUGCAAUUACAAACUGGCCUAUUAUAGGAUGUGUACUGAUAAUGUACUUGUAGACAGAAUGUUCUUUCAUGUGGAAUGCACGAAAGAA